AUGACGAUGGCGAGGACGGCGGAGGAGAAGCAAGCCGGCGGAGCUGAAACAAUGGAAGUGCUCCUCGGCAGGUCACCUGAGAUUCCCAGCAAGAUGGUGCAUGAUUGGGAAAAAAUAGUCCUGGACUUCGGCAGCAGCGACGAAUCAACAAUUCAUCCAGGAAAUGACCUCCUCGUACAAGCCCUGCAGCAUUAUUUUGGUAACACGUAUUUGGUGCAGCCAGUACAUCACAUGGUUGGUUUCUGGGGAUCUAAGAUGAAGCAAGCUGCAGAAUUGAUACGCCCAGGUGAAAAGGGUCGAAAAUACAUAUUUCUCCUGAAUAACACAUGUGUUGUUCGUCAAAUGGUGCGGCGUCCAGGAGCAUCUUUCCCCAAUGUAGAACCCCUGCUCACUUCAAUGAUCAAGCGAUACAAGAAGUGCUACUUGGACGAGUGUUGGGCUCCUCUCAAGUGUUUAAGCUCGGAUGAGUUUACCGCCGAAUUUCUAGUCACCUGUAAUCGCCAGAUGACGUGGAAGGUUGCAGCCGAGCUCAGGUACAAACUGCGGAAGGAGAUUUUGGAAUUGAUCGCUCCACCGUACGACGGAAGCCGUGUGAUAGACAUAGACGGGUUAUUUGAAGGAUGA